AUGAUACCUAAGCCGCUUCUGGAAGGCGUCCAAGUUCUCAACAGCAAAGACCUCUCGGAAGAGGCGCUGGUCGAUCGGCUAAAACAGCUUACUCCGAACGGGCUGGGCAUGGACUUUGCUCUCGACUGCGUGGGCAACGAGGACGUGGUACAUGCGGCGUAUCUCAGCCUCGAUAAGCUCGGCAUGCUAUUAACGGUUGGCGGCAGCAAUACCGCGAAGCCUUCGUUUGCGAUUGAGCGAAAUCUUGUCAAUGGCCUUACGAUUCGUGGGACGCAUCAAGGCGACUCCGAAUCAAGGGUGAUGAUACCAAAGUUGAUACAGAUGUGGAAGGAUGGCCAGUUUGCGUUUGAUCUGAUGCAAGCUGAGUACCGCUUUGAGGAUCUUGCGAAGGCGAUUGAGGAUAUGCAUGCUGGAAAGGUCAUUAAGCCGUUACUGGUUACUUGA